AUGGCCAUGAUCCGAGCGCAGGAGAAUGCAGCGAACCAAGCCAUUGCGAUGCUGUAUGGAGAUGGAACUUUGGGUAAUCCUUUGUGCCCAGCCGCAAAAACGUUGGCGAGUGACUUGGAUCUUGCCUAUGAACAGGCCACGACUCUACGAGAUGGAAAUCUUUUUGGCACUUUCCUUGAUGCGGGCAAGCUGUUCGGCAAGCUUUUCCGUGGCAGCAAGGAGACACAUCAGUUCAUCACCAAUCUGUACGACACCGCAUGGUUCUUCAAGCACCUUCUGUCGCUAAUCUCCAACCUCCCUAUCGUCGGAUGGGUUGCAAAGAUAUUAGUAGAGCCAGUGAAGAUCCUUGAGAAGUUUAUCAAGACGAAGCUUCUAGGGAUCCGAGACAAACUUAAAGACAAAUGGACCGACGUCUUCAAGAACGCCUUCUUCUUCAACGCGAAGGUGGCGAGGUACGUCCGCUAUGCUAUCGAAGCUAUACCGGUCCUAAAGAUGCAGGCAUACCCUGCGAACAAGGCUGCUGAACUGGUUGGUCUAGCAAUGGGUGUAUGUGUGUGGCUGCCGGAUUUGACAACCAUCGCCAACAAUGCCAUGAAGGGGUUGGUCGCCGCCGAUCAAAUGGCAGGCAUAGCCACGGACUUCGUCAGGGACGUCAUAAAUUGGGUCGAAGGCCUAGUCCCGGAAUCUGUGAUCACAAAGAUGGCGCAAGUGAACAAUUUCUUCGAUGUCAUUAUGACACCGACGAGGGGCUUCAAGGUUGCCCUCUUUGACAAACACAAAGUAUGUAUUAUCUUCAAGUGCUUCGAGUUCUCAUUGCGGGACCUCCUGGCAGCUCUUACUGGAUUUCUGGAGAAGAUUUUCAACUUUGUCUUAAGUCCCUUCCGGCCGAUCGUGGAUGCAGUGGCCGCCCCGAUUAAGAAGCUCUUCGACCCCAUCAUUAAAAUGUUGCCCACCCCCGCCAUCUUCUUUGACAAGGCGGAGGGUUUGGGGUUGUAG